AUGUGCAAAGCGACCAGGGGUGCAUACCAUGGUGGCAAGACGGGUGCAUACCAUGGUGGCAAGACGGGUGCAUACCAUGACGCCAAGACGGGUGCAUACCAUGGUGGCAAGACGGGUGCAUACCAUGGUGGCAAGACGGGUGCAUACCAUGGUGGCAAGACGGGUGCAUACCAUGGUGGCAAGACGGGUGCAUACCAUGGUGUGGAUUUGGGUGUGUCAGGUGAUAAAGCCGUGUGGGCAGGUGCUAAAGCCGUGUGGGCAGGUGAUAAAGCCGUGUGGGCAGGUGAUAAAGCCGUGUGGGCACGUGAUAAAGCCGUGAAGGCAGGUGAUAAAGCUGUGUGGGCAGGUGGUAAAGCCGUGUGGGCAGGUGAUAAAGCCGUGUGGGCAGAUGAUAAAGCCGUGUGGGCAGGUGAUAAAGCCGUGUGGGCAGGUGAUAAAGCCGUGUGGGCAGGUGAUAAAGCCGUGUGGGCAGUUGGCAUGCUUGUUUGCAGCGCGCAUGGUGCAAGUGCAGCGCGCAUGGUGCAAGUGCAGCGCGCAUGGAGCAAGUGCAGCGCGCAUGGUACAAGUGCAGCGCGCAUGGAGCAAGUGCAGCGCGCAUGGUGCAAGUGCAGCGCGCAUGGAGCAAGUGCAGCGCGCAUGGACCAAGUGCAGCGCGCAUGGAGCAAGUGCAGCGCGCAUGGAGCUAGUGCAGCGCGCAUGGAGCAAGUGCAGCGCGCAUGGAGCAAGUGCAGGGUGCAUGGAGCAAGUGCAGUGCGCAUGGAGCAAGUGCAGCGCGCAUGGAGCAAGUGCAGCGCGCAUGGAGCAAGAGCAGCGCGCAUGGAGCAAGUGCAGCGCACAUGGAGCAAGUGCAGCGCGCAUGGAGCAAGUGCAGUGCGCAUGGAGCAAGUGCAGUGCGCAUGGUGCAAGUGCAGCGCGCAUGGAGCAAGUGCAGCGCGCAUGGUGCAAGUGCAGCGCGCAUGGAGCAAGUGCAGCGCGCAUGGAGCAAGUGCAGCGCGCAUGGAGCAAGUGCAGCGCGCAUGGUGCAAGUGCAGCGCGCAUGGAGCAAGUGCAGCGCGCAUGGAGCAAGUGCAGCGCGCAUGGACCAAGUGCAGCGCGCAUGGAGCAAGUGCAGCGCGCAUGGAGCUAGUGCAGCGCGCAUGGAGCAAGUGCAGCGCGCAUGGAGCAAGUGCAGGGUGCAUGGAGCAAGUGCAGUGCGCAUGGAGCAAGUGCAGCGCGCAUGGAGCAAGUGCAGCGCGCAUGGAGCAAGAGCAGCGCGCAUGGAGCAAGUGCAGCGCACAUGGAGCAAGUGCAGCGCGCAUGGAGCAAGUGCAGUGCGCAUGGAGCAAGUGCACUGCGCAUGGUGCAAGUGCAGCGCGCAUGGAGCAAGUGCAGCGCGCAUGGUGCAAGUGCAGCGCGCAUGGUGCAAGUGCAGCGCGCAUGGAGCAAGUGCAGCGCGCAUGGGCUGGGUGCGCGCUUGCAAUGCACAACAUGCGUUCUCACAACCCCUCCGGUAACACUCCCUGCCCCACCCCGCCCUCCCUGCCUACUGCCCCCUUGCCUGCGACGCCUCCGCCCUUCCCUCCCUUUGCAGCAGCAGGGGCAGGUGAUGCAGCCGCUGCUGCUGCUGUUGCUGUUGAUGGUCCAUCGAAGAAAUCAGGCGGAAGGGCGGAGGCCGAAGCAGGAGCAGCAGGAGCAGCAGGGGAAGAGGGUGUAGCAGCAGCGGGAGCAGAGGGAGCAGCAGGAGCGGCAGCAGCUGGUGCAGGGGCAUCGAAGAAAUCUGCUGGUAGGCUGGUGGUGCUGGGAGGAGCAGCGGAGGCUGCCGAGGCAGGCGCCGUGGCACGGGCGGCAAGGGCAGCAGAGGUGGCAGGGACAGAUCCAGAUGGUCCAGAUGAUUGCCUCACAGGCAACGCGGUUGCUGCUGGGUGCGCUGCUGCUGGUGGGUUGGCAGGCACAGAGGCAGCAAUGGUGGAAGUGGCGGACGGCAUGUCUGGUGCGACGGGGGCGAAGAAGGGGAGGAGAGAGGGUGAUGAUGGGAAGGUGGAAAGGAGCAUGAGAGGGGCGGGGGGACAAGAGAAGGGUGAGAAAGAAUGA